AUGUCCAUGUUUCGCGCGAAGAAGCUCGAUUUAGGAUGCUUCUACAACAUCAGAACAAUUCGCGACCAUACUAAGCGCAAGGUUUUCGAGCAAUUCGAGCCCGAACGAGUGCGUGCGGAAGCUCAAUUACAGCUUGCACAGAUGCACUGCUACACUCGACCGACGCAAAUUCGCAACCGUUGCAUUAUGGGCGGCCAGGGCCGUGGUGUUUUGAGCGAUUUCAAGAUGAGCAGAUACCAAUUCAGAGUGCAGGCCAUUGCUGGAAACCUUCCUGGUGUGAAGCGUGCAAGUUGGUAA